AUGGGUUUUUACGCUCUUCUUGCAGAGGCUCUGCACUGUAUUUUCUGCAUUAUGUACGCUAUAUAUGCGUCAUUCGAGCUCGGUCUGUCGGCAGAGCAAAUUCGAGACGAACAGAUAGAAUCCUGACGUUUGUGGCUUCGUGCGCGAUUAUCAAUUGCAGUUAGUGUUCAGUUGUUGCUCAUCCACCAGCUUCAUCAUGGAUACGGUGUACAAUGUUGCAAAUUAUUUGCAUAUGCUGACGGUGUUGUCUCUACUUUUGAAAAUUUGGUGCACUCAGAACUGCUCUGGCAUAAGCGCUAAAUCACAAUUUUUGCUCGUGUUGGUGUACACGACAAGGUAUCUGGAUCUGUAUACUACGUUCAUUUCAAAAUACAAUACAGUUAUGAAGGUGCUGUAUCUCGUUAUUGGAUACUGUACACUGCUAUCAAUGUAUGCUUUCUUCAGGAAAACAUACGAAAGAAAAUAUGACAGUUUCAGAAUCGAGCUGCUGCUGAUUCCGUGUAUGGUGAUAGCGAUUUUGAUAAACUACAAUCUGACCGCCAUCGAAGUCUUGUGGACAUUCAGCAUUCAUCUGGAGGCUGUAGCAAUGGUUCCACAGUUCGUGUUCGUGUCAAAGGCUCGCCGCAUCCACAAGCACGUGCUCUAUUACGUCCUAUCCCUGGCUACCUACAAGUGUCUUUACAUCAUACAUUGGGUCUAUCGCUACUACCAGGAGGCACACUACGACAAAUUCUCCGUUGCCGGUGGUAUCAUUCAAUUCGUUCUCUACGUCGACUUCCUCGUCAGAAUCGUGCCUCACUUACCACCGGUCGAUGAAGAGGAUAAACAGCAACAGGUCGCGACUGUUGGAGCCGAUUUCGCUAGACUAGAAGGACAACUUCCCCAAAAAAGCGGGUAUUUGAAUGAGAAUAUGAGCACCGUUGUGCUGGAUCCAGCUUUUCUGAAAAGCAAGGACAAUGAUAAGGUAAACUUGCUCAAGGCUGAGGAAGCAUCCUCUGGCAACUGAAUGUAAAAUGAGAUAUAAUUUUAAAUAUGAAAGGUCACAAGUAAUCGUCUUCGUUCGAAAUAAUGUUUUUUUCUACUACUUAUUUACUACUUCUAAGAUUUUGAUAAUUUGUAUAAAAAUUAAAUAAAAUAACACGGAAAGACUAUUCAUCCGAGUUAAUUAAUUAAUGUACAUUUCUAUUGUUAUGAAGUAAUCAUAAAAUUAUAAAAUGGCAAGCGAAACGUAUAAUAAAACAAACACUUGAAUAUUUUCUC